AUGCGGAAGAAGCACUUUCACGAAGCCAUCACUCUCUUCAACUUGGUGGAGCGGGAGGAGGAGGUGAGGGAGGCGGUGCUGGUGGGGCGUGGCAUCGCGCACUCGCUGCUGGGCCACCACCGCCUCGCCCUCUCCGACUUCUCCACCGCACGCUGCACUUCCACGUUCACGAUUACUGGGCGGCCAUCCGCGACUUCUCCACUCUGCACGAUGCACGCCCGCCCGACCCACUUCUCUUUAACGCCCUCGGUCUGGCGCUAGCAGGGGCGGGGGAGUGGCGGCGGGCGUCGGAGGUGUUUGAGCGCGGAGCGGCGCUCUUCCCGCGGGCGGUGCAGCUGUGGCUGGAGGGCGGGCACGCGUUCAAGGAGCUGGGCGCCGUGCAGCCGGCGCUGCAUGCGCUCGAGCGAGCCGUGGCUCUGGAGGAGUCAACGGUGGCGUACCACCGCCUGGCAUCGCUGCACCAGCUCACAGGCGACCACAGGGCGGCGAUGGAGAGCGCACAGAGGGGGCUGCGGGGCAACCCGGGCGACAUCGAGCUGAACCACGCCGUCGCCUCCGCCCUCCAUGCUAUCGGCGACUUCCCCAGCGCUGUCAGCCGCCACAUGCCCACAUCCACAUGCGGACAUGCCAUGCCCAUGCCCAUGCCCAUGCUCAUACCCAUACCUGCGAGAAUGGGCACGCACUGUACGUGA